CCAAAAGCAAACUCGCGACGGUGCAGCGAGAGGGAUAUGCACCGACGAGUCGACGCCUUCCCGCCCGUCGAGGACGACGACGCCGACGUCUUCGCGUCGCCGGCGUCCGACCUCUUGCUGCGGACGCUGGAGCCUGGGGCGUUCGAAGCGCAGCUGCGCAUGGAGGCCCCGACCGCGCCCUUCAAGUACACGCGCCGCUUCCUCGUGCUUGAUGCGCGCGGCAACUACCUCGUCAAGACGAUGCACGGCGUGUGCGACGAUCCUGUGCAUGUUCCUAGCCACGCGAUGACGUCCAAGACGCGGGCCAUGGUCAAGCUGCUGGACCUGAUCGAGCUCGUCCCGCUCAUUGCACCCCAGGUGCGGCCUCGGCGCUUCGCCCGCGCGCGCUGGUCGUCCGGUCCCAACACGUGGCUGGACAUCGAGACGUUGCCGUUCUCUGGUAAAGCGCUGGCGCAGGAGCUGUACGUUGCCACGGCGCACUCGUGGCGUCUCGUCGACGCCAUCAAACUCGCCUCGUGGGAUCUCUACAAGACCGAGACCGCGCUCUGGGAAGCCAACCCCGCCGUCAUCCAGUACCGAGCUACGUUGGCGCAUACAGCCGAGCGAGAGUCGGUGCAGCAAGGUCAGCGAGAGUCACCGCGGCAGGAGAAGGCUGCCGUUCUCGCGGCGCGAACCCGCCCCGCCGACUCUUUAAGCGCGAGCUCGGACAAAAGCAGCGCCCGUCGCAAAAGGCCGCGGAUGGAGCAAGCGGCGCGUCAGCGUGCCACGUCGCCGGAUGGUAUCUGCGUCAAGCGCCGACAGCCGAGCACGCAUGCCAUGCCCGAAGGCAUCAACCUCGCGUCGCUCGUGCCGGGUGCGUCCAGCGACAUUGUCAUCAUCUCGCUCGACUCAGACUCGGACUCGGACUCGGACGUGGCGUCGCCUCCGCCCGCGCCGAUGCAAACACCACCCGUCAUCGAGCUUCUGGACUCGCCAGCAGCCGUCCACAGCGCUCGUGAGUCUCCGAUUCCGUCUGCAGCGACCGCCCAGAGUGUGCAAGUCGCGGAUCGCAACGCCAAGCGGGCUUGGAAGCUCGGUGCGGCUGCUCUAAACGAAAACUUGGCCUUGGAGCGCAGUGCGACCGUGGACAAGGAGGCUCCGCCGUCGCCACACGCCCCAGCGUCCGUGUCGUGGUCGCCGGCAUCGCCCGAGAAUCUCAGCAACGCGUCGACUUCCGAUGAAAAAGAUACAACCGGCGCAUUGACGACGGUGCCCGAACGAGACGGGCGCAAGCAGUCGCCACCGCCUGACGACCUACUGCCGCCGCAUGUGUCGCCCGACGACGACGACCUCAUACCGGUCCAGACGACCCGAAAGCACCACAACGUCAUUUUGGACGACGACGACGACGACGAGCUCACAUGUCACCAUACGACGGCACCCGCCAUGCCCCACACGUUGCAGUCAUCGAGUGCCGAACCAGAACGAUUUAGAGACGUUGCGCCGGUGCCAUCCUCGCGCGCGAAAGACUCGGCACCGGAAACCUUAGCACCGGACGUGGUGCCCGACGCGCCGAGCCCGACAUCGGUCCCGAAUGCCGCAAUCCAACCACCGAGCAUAUUAGCACCAGCCUCCAGCACACAAGAGGCGAUGUCGGCGACGACGCGGUGCAAGAUGGCACUCUUCCAGCCCAUUCCGCAGCCAGUAGCACGCUGGGCGUGCCCGUGCGGCAAUCCGAGUCCCGUCAAGCCACACGCGUCGUCGUUCCUCGUUUGCCGCACGCGGUCGUGUGGCGCAUGGAUGCACCGUAUGUGCGUGCCGCCGUCCACGGUCUACUGCCCGCAAUGCGCGCCGCCGCCUCGAUGCAUGACUAUGCAAGCGUUCCAAAGCGCACUCUGGCAGGCGAGUGCGACCAACAAUGUCGUAUGGCUCGAGCAGCUCCUCGCUACAACGUCAUGUGCGAUCGACUGGACGUACGCGUAUCGCGGCGACACGUGCGUCCUCGUUGCUGCAAAAACUGACUCGAUGCAAGUGCUGCUUCGCCUCCUCGCGCUCUUACCCGUCGCCACGUGGCCGACGCACGUGAGUCGCUUCCACAACAACGUACUGCACUUGACCCGCAGGACCAAGCACGUAUCGGCCGUGGUGUCGAUCAUUGCGCGCUGCCCGCAGCUGCUGUCUCGACUCAACGCGGUAGGGCUUUCGCCCAUGGCACUCUACAUGCAGCAGGUGCCGCACUUGGUCGCCUCGCUCUUGCAGCACUUUGUGCCACUACGCACCAUCGUGGACGACGUGGGCAACACGUGGGCGCACUACCUGUGCGUGUCACUGCCCGACAACUUUGCGACGCUUUUGGCGCUGCUUCCGCCCGUGCAACUGAACGUUUUCAACGCGGCGAUGACGCCGCUCAUGCUGCUCUGCCAGAACAAGAACGUGACCGCCGCCCACAUGGAUCUGGUCGUUCGGCUGCAGCCCCAUUGGUUUGCAAUGGACAGCCGCGGCUACUCGGCCGUGCACUGGUUGGUUCUGGCCAAGAAUGCGCCGCUUCUGCGCCACCUGCCCAUUAGUGUCGUGCACACAUCGCCCAACUUGUACGCCGCCGCCAUCUUUUGCAACGACGAGGCGGCUGUCGGCGUCCUCCAAGAGCUCCAGAUGCCUCUGUGCGUGCAGCAGGGCGUCUCGGGGCCAUGGCCGAUCGCGAUGGCGACGACGGCGAGCAUGGCGCGAGCACUGCUCUCGAUGGACCCGCUCCCGCAGCUCGAGUAUGUGUACAGUGUGAGCACACAAAAGGCCGACCCGCCCGUCGUACUGCGGUUGCUCCUCGACGACAUGGCCCUUGGCGAGUAUCUCAACUCGCUGGUCGCGCGCGAUUUGCAAGCGGCGAAAUGCGGCUUUUUUCAGCGGUACCGGUCGGUGCUGUGCGUCGACCAUAAGCUCGUGCAGCUCCAAGACGCGCUUCGGAACCACACGGCGGCCCAACCGGCCAACACAGUUAUGCACGUGGGUGGCCGCGACCAGUGGUGGACGUCAUUUGUUGAUCAAGUCAAGUCGAUCAGCGACUGGCGCCAGCCAAUCCAGUUUAUCUUCCACGGCGACACGACGGUGCGCAGCACGCAGGAAGCGUCGACGUGCUCGGAUCUCUGGGUCCAGCUCCAAACCGUGUUUGCGACGGGCAACCUCAUAUCCGGGAAUCUGCUGGCGCUGGGGCUUCUUCUCGGACACAUGGUCUGGAUGCGCCAGACCAUCUCGUCGCCGCGACUACCGCUGCCGCUCUUGCGCCACUUUGUGUGUGGCCAUGCUGCGACGGGCUCGAGUCUGCCGCCUAUUGCUGGCUUUGUGCACUGGAAUGCCGUGGCCACGUCGGACGCGGCGGCCACGAUCUUCCGCAAGGGCUUUCGGCAUGUCGUUGGCGACCUUCUCGAGGGCUGGCACGCGCUCGAAGUCAGCGUCCUGCUGCAUUCGAUGACGGCGUUUCCCGUGCCGCUCGAGGCGUGGCAAGCCAGCGUCGAGUCGGCGGCGCAUGUGGUUGUGGGCUGGUGGUGGCAAUUUCUGCGCACGCUGCGGCCCAUCGAGCUCUACAUGGUCUACAGCUGCGUCGGCGGCGACAAGCCCGUCGAGGUCGUAUUGUUGAACGCGUCGUCGGUCGUCGUACUGCGUGAUGGUGCGAUUGGCUUGCCAACCGUCGAGUCGUACGCCGAGCUGGCGCUGCGCGUCCGCCAAGCCCUGCGCAAUCCGUUGAUUUAAUCGAGUUUUCGUCAAG